AUUAAGUGUUUUAGCCAUCUGCAGUGUGUCUGACUAUCAAACACAAGCAGAGGCGUCUGCAGGAUUUUAUCUCAGGAUACGCACAGAAAAACGAAAUAAACGAUUGCACUGAUGUGCGUUCUGUAGUUUUGGUGGGAACGAUCUAAUUGUGUACAAAUCUACUGUCUCUUUCCUGUACCCACACAAUCUGAUGCACGUAAUUGUUUAGAUAGACGUUUCGUGGCUAUUUUAUUUUAUUUAUUUAUUUUUUUCUCCAGUCACUGAGCAUAUUUGUCCCCGAGCGCAUAUUUUCACUUUCAGUUCACGAAUGUUUCACUUUACGAGUCGGCAUGUUUGAACCCUACGGAGCCCCUAAAGGGACAUGGUGGUGAAAAAAAAAAAUUGGAAUAGGAGAAAAUUUUACGUGGUGGUGGAAAAUUUUUUUGGAUGGGAGGAUUUUUUUUUUAAUGCUUUUUUUUUUUAAGCUUUUUGGGAGGAAUUUUCUUUUGCGUUCCCCCGAGAAACUUUGCGUUCCCUCGCAAAGAUGUUUUGCGUUCCCUCGCAAAACUAUCUGUUGUGUUCUCUCGCGCAACCUGUGUUCUCGCGAGAGACUUCUGCGCGGUCACGGAGGUUUGCGCUUGAAUCUUCACAGCAUCACUUACGACGUGAGAUCUGGAUCGGCACAAAGCUGGAACAACUGUUGCAGCUCUGCGAUGGAGGACGAUCUGCAGCAGUUUUUAAAGUCACGAGAUGUUCCAGAAGAGGACAUCAUUCACAUGAAAAGAGACAAGAUGUAGAAUCUUUAUCUGAUGGAGAAAAAGAGGAAUGUAAUGAACACUCAUUACUACAGGAUGGAGUAGACAGUGAUACUGAGAGACCUGCUGCAAAACUGUUAUCACAUGGACGUGACAGUGAUUCUGAGGAUUCAAGCAUACAUUUAUUGGAUGACAGACUUUCAUCUAACAGAGACACCAAGAGGAAGAGACAAGAAAGCAUUAGAGCACAGAGAACAAGAGGAAUGGAGGGUGUUCCACAGAGUGGUUUGACCUUCGAGAACACGGGGAUAGAGACACCCAGCACUUCACACAGCUCCCUUUCAUCACCUAAAAAUACCAAAAGAGCACGCAGAGUCCAAACACUCUCAAGCACCUCAAGUGACGACGAGGAGAAUUGUGAAUUGUGGAAUCAAAGUGUGCAGCAACCGAACAGUCCACAGCAUUCACAUGAGCUCUGUAAUGUUCAAAGAGGCUAUGAAUUAAUUGACUUGACCAAUCAGAUUCCUACACAUCACAACAAUAUAUUUGAAACCGAUGGAGAUGAUGACACAGUUGAGUGGAAUGAAGAUGAUGAACUUGGACAAACAGAUGAAGACCAAACAACUGUGAUAACAUUGAAUCUGAAUGCAGAGCUGAAUGAAGCUGUAACUGAGGUACCAUCACCACUCUCAAGUAAUAGCAAUGCUGUACUGCUGAAUGCAGAGAUGAAAGAAGCUGAAACUGAGGUACCAUCCCCACCCUCAAGUAAUCCUGUACUGCUAGAUGGGGUGAAGGUUGUAGAAGAUCUUCUGGCUGUGUUCAUGGAUAGCAGCAUAAUUCAAUCAACUCUGAAGAUGGAAUUUGUAAAUGAGAGUGCUGUAGAUGAUGCUGGAGUGUCCAGAGAAGUUUACACUGCAUUCUGGGAUCAGUUCCUUGAACAGUGUGAAGGGGAAGAUGAGCGUGUUCCUAGACUGAGACCAGACUUCUCUGAAGUUGAAUGGGAGGCAGUAGGAAGGAUCUGGGUAAAAGGAUUACUUGACCUUGGUGUACUGCCAGUGAGGCUUUCCAGUGCUUUCAUUGUAGCAUGCAUACAUGGAAUUGACUCCGUCAGUGAUGAUGUCCUGAUGUCAUCUUUCCAAAACUACCUCUCUUCGACUGAACGAUCUGCUGUUGCAAAGGUCCGUCAAGGCACACUCGAGGAAUGUGAUGAAGAAGAUUUGCUUGACCUCUUCACAAGAAUGGGUUCUCAUUGCAUCCCUCCAAAAAACACCAUGGAAGUUGCCAUCCAAACAAUGGCUCAUAAAGCAAUUCUUCAAGAGCCCAAAUAUAUAAUAGAUUGCUUCUCCAAAACCAUGAUAUUUGCACUGCUGAAAGUACCAGACCAGGACAGUCUACUGUCUCUCUAUGACACAAAGAAGGCCACUGGUAAAAAAGUGGCACAGCUACUUCAAACAACACAAGAGAUUCGAUCUCAGAAAGAACAGAUGGUAUUCAAUCAUCUGCAACGGUAUGUCAGAAAUGCUGAUCAAGGCAAAGCAGAAAAAUUUCUACGCUUCUGUACUGGUUCUUCUGUCAUAUGUGUUGACCAAAUCAAGGUAAGCUUCAAUGCAGAAUCUGGCCUCUGCAGAAGACCAGUUGCUCAUACUUGUGGAGCAACUCUUGAUUUACCAUAUACCUAUAGUUCUUACCCAGACCUCCGCACAGAGUUUGAUAACAUUCUGUCCAGUGAUUACUUUGAAAUGGACAUCCUGUGA